AUGGCUAUUUCAACCUGCAAACUACAGUCUGCAAAAUAUACCUGCGGAUAUAGUAUUCAUUGGCUAAUGUGAAGAUAAUUGUUUUUCCUCAUACUCAGGUCAUGUUUAUACAUCGAAUUUCAGUCUAUGUGUAAACCGGAAUUAUUCCCAUUCGCAUUCGCAUUCGUUGUGCACAAUACAGUUUAACAGUUGAAAGACGAUUUUUUUCUGCACUGAUUUUUUACCGAAGGUGAUUAAUUGCAACUGUUGUGAACAUUUUCUCAAUGGAAACUACAUUUGAUGCGACUGAAAUGUAAAGUAUACAUUGGGUCUUGGUACGUGGUUGUUCCGAUUAACAUUCUGAUGAAAAAAUAUUGUUCCUGUUGAAAGCCUAUGAUCAUGAUACAUAUUUAAAUUUUAUUUUCCGUCUAGUGUUGAACUGCAAUAUGCAAUGCUUUGACGACCCAAAGACCCAAAGACCCAGAGACCUAAAGACCCAUAGACCCAUAGACCCUAUGAUCAUGAUACAUAUUUAAAUUUGAUUUUCCGUCUAAUGUUGAACUGCAAUAUCCAAUGCUUUGACGACCCAAAGACCCAGAGACCCAGAGACCCAAAGACCCAUAGACCCAAAGACCCAGGAACCCAAGGGCCCAGAGACCCAGAAACCCAGAAACCCAAGGGCCCACUUAGGCCCAGAUACCUAACGACCCAAAACCCUAACGACCUAAAGUCCCGGAGGACCCAAUGGCCCAAGUUCCCAGAGGACCAGAGUCCUAGAAACCCAACAGGCCAAAGCCCUAGCAAUCCUAGAAACCUUAGAGGUUCAAAAAAUUCCAACAGUCCCUCAACUUCGUAG